ACUCUUCUGCGCAACCAACAACCUUCCAUCAUACCCUCAACGGCUGAGUGAAGAUCUCUACUGCUGUUUAGGAGAAAUGGCUGAUACUGCUUCGAGAGCGUCAGCGCGUCGAGAGGCGCCGCUGGAUGCGAAAACAACUGCGCCUUCCUCGCCAGGUCGAAGACGAGCGUCGCCUUCGCCAUCGCCGCCACCGCGGUCGCGCGCGAAACGUCCGCCUGCUUGGGGCGACGGCGACGCAUCUGCUUUACGUUAUGAUGAGAAGAGCAGGAGAUCAGAAUCACCACCGGCAGAACGGCAGACGAAAUACAGAAGGACAAGGUCUCCGAUUAGCAGCCGCGGCGGCGCUGAACGAAACGGUAGACGUUUACCGCCGGCGCAGAAGGGUACUGAUCGCUAUGUUCCGCCACCGCGGGAGGAUUCCUCUCGCGGACGGCGAGUGUCGCGGAGCCCGUCGCCUCAGGCGAGACGCAGGUCUGUUUCGGUCUCGUCAUACUCCUCCUAUUCGUCCAGAUCACGAUCCCCGUCGGUCGACAGCAGAGGCAGAUCGCUCUCGCGCUCAUACUCUGGCUCAGCGUCCUCGCGCUCGCGGUCGUAUUCCACUGGCUCGUACUCCUCCCGCUCGAGGUCAUACUCUGCCGAUUCUCGGAGUCCCCGGUCGCGCUCACGAUCAGUCUCGAGAACGCCAUCCAGGUCGCCAGCAAGGUCCGUCUCCCGCACGCCCUCUCCCGCCCUGAAAGAAAAAUCGACCUCGAAAAGGCGCGCGCGCUCUCCAUCACCUGCGCGGGCGUCGUCGCGAAAAUCAGUUAGCCCGUCUCCACCACCGCGACGGCCCCGUGCCCUGCCUGACGUUGACAGACGACGUGCGGCCGAGCGCGAGCGCCAGGCGCAAGAACGACUCGCUGCCGAGGGCGAAAAGGAGAAGAAGGAAUUCGAUCCCCGGGCAGAGUACAAGAAGCUUCUAGAGCUUCGCUCAGGUGGUACUUAUGUGCCGCCGGCACGACUGCGCGCUUUGCAGGCUCAGUUUACCGAGACCGACGAGAAGGAGAAACAGCGGCAGGCGUGGGAGGAAUUGAAGCGAGGAAUCAACGGGCAGAUCAACAAGGUCAACAAAGCCAAUAUCAGAGAGAUUGUGCAGGAUGUGUUUAAGCAGAAUCUUAUCCGAGGCAAAGGUCUGUUUGUGCGCAGUAUAAUGCGCGCGCAGGCAGCUAGUUUGCCGUAUACGCCUGUAUACGCCGCGCUGGCGGCGAUCGUCAACACGAAACUACCACAGAUUGGCGAGUUGCUGGUCACACGACUGAUUAUCCAGUUCCGAAAGGGCUUCAAACGCAACGACAAGACGGUCUGUCUGAGCUCGACGAUGUUCUUAGCGCACCUGUGUAAUUACCAAGUCGCGCACGAAAUCAUCAUCCUGCAGAUCAUGCACCUGCUACUCGAGCGACCUACCGACGACUCUGUUGAGAUUGCGGUCGGAUUCAUGCGCGAGGUGGGAGCGUAUCUGGAGACGGUCAGUCCUGCGGCUAAUAACGGCGUGUACGAGCGUCUGCGAGCGAUUCUGCACGAAGGUGAACUCGACAAGCGGACGCAGUAUAUGAUUGAAGUCUUGUUUCUGGUUCGGAAGAACAAGUAUGAGGAUAAUCCCAGUAUUCUGCCCGAUCUGGAUUUAGUCGAGGAGGAAGAUCAGAUCACCCAUAUGCUCGGCUUGGAGGAUCAGUUGAAUGGCGAGGAUGGGUUGAACGUUUUCAAAUUUGACGAGAACUUUGCGGAGAAUGAAGAGAAGUACCAGGCGAUCAAGCACGAGAUCUUGGGUGAUAGCGAUGACGAGGACGAGGAUGAUGAUUCGGAUGUGAGCUCGGAAGACGAAGAGACGGAGCCGGCGACGGCGGUCGACGAUGGAAAGAUUAAGGACAUGACGAAUAAGGAUCUCGUGAAUCUUCGACGAACGAUUUAUCUUACGAUCCGGUCUAGUAUGGAUUUUGAGGAGUGCUGUCAUAAGCUUCUCCGUAUCAAGCUCCCGCCCGGCCAAGAGAUCGAAUUGGUGAAUAUGAUUAUAGAGUGCUGCUCGCAAGAGAAAAUCUACUCGAAAUUCUACGGCCUCGUCGCCGAACGAUUCUGCAAGCUCGGCCGCUUCUGGAACGAGCCCUUCACGCGCGCCUUUGAGACCUACUACGACACCAUCCACCGCUACGAAACCAACAAGAUCCGCAACAUCGCGAAGCUGUUUGCGCACGUGUUUGCAUCCGACGGGAUCCGCUGGAAAGCGUUUGCGUGCAUCCAUCUGAACGAGGACGAGACGACUGCCUCGUCGCGUAUCUUUAUCAAGAUCUUGUUCCAGGAUCUCGUGGAGGAAAUCGGCAUGAAAGAGCUCCUUGCUCGUCUUGAAGAUCUGCGGCAACAGGACCCCGCCGCGCUGUCGGGUUUGUUCCCGAGGAACAACCCGGCCGACACGCGGUUCGCUAUCAAUUUCUUCACUGCGAUCGGUCUCGGUCCGCUCACCGAGGAUCUGCGCGUGUAUUUGAAGAAAGCUACCGAGCGAGCUGCUGCGUUGGCGGAGGAAGAGCGGAGGAAGUUUGAGGAGGAGAAGGAGAGGGAGGAGAAGGACAAGGAGAGGGAGAAAGAUAGUGGACGCGGAUCGUCGAGAAGACGACGCGGGUCGUCGGUUAGUUCGUAUAGUAGCUAUAGCAGCUACAGCGACUAGCAAAGUUGUGUAUUUUAGCUUGUAAUUGUCAUUAAAUUUGAGUCUAUUGGUGAUUAUAU